GCUGGUUCAGAAUCAGAUUUGUAUCCAAGAGACUGCAGGUUGGGAUUCUCUGACUAAAAUCAUACAAUGAUGAGAAUCUUCAGAGACCAAUCACCUCUACUGAUGUUCAUUUCAUCCUUUAGCAAAUAGUUUUAUCACAUCGCCCUCUAGUGUUUAUUAUUACAUUAGUGUUGCAUGUGUUAUGGAUUGAUUUUGGUAGAAAACUGAUGAUUGACAUAAAUUACAUAGAUAUUGAAAACAGUUACAUGGUUUGAAAACAGGGAAUUCAUGUAGAAAUAGUUCAUCAUUUUAAAUGUAAAUGUCCUGUAGAAACAGUCCUGUGAAGAAGAUCAAAACAUUUAUCUCCAGGAAAAGGGUUAAAAUGCUGAAAAAGUGUUAGAAUGCUGAAAAAGGUUAACAUGGUUAAAAACUUUGUAGAAAGUCUGAACAUACUUGCCUGCCGGAAGAGUUGAUCUAUGAUCUACCUGUUGAGCCUUUUUGAGAGAUGAUGCUUGUGAUCGAUUAGCUAUGCCUGCAGAGGUCGGAAGGGGGAGCUCUCGGCCUCAUUCUCAAUGGAGCUGCCGGGGAGGAAGUGUUGUGUCCGAGCAUCAUCAUUGAUAUCUCCCCUUUUCAGUGAACCUCUGUUACAACUGCAGAUGCUAAAGUUGUGGCCACAGGAUGAACCACGGACCUACUGCAGUUUCUGCAGCCCUGCAGACAGCUCUGUCUCCCAGGUACUGUGCACCAUCCUCACCCUGCCACAGGAGGGGGGACUAUGCAAGAUUGUUGUUUACAGACUACACCUGCAAUAUCGUCCUCACCAGACUGGCUUCUAAACUGAUGGUCCUGGGACCACAACCCUGCCUCUGUCUCUGGAUCCUGAACUUUCUGAUUCUUUUUGGGUUGUCAAGCUUUUAUAUAGCUAUUUAAUAUAUACCUUGUUUAAUGUGUGAUGUCGGCCUCCAGUUCUGUCGUAGAAUCCCUCCAGAGUUUAUCAUUCAUUGAAAUUGGCACUGCCAGCAGGUCACAGAGUAGAAGAAAAGGACAUGAAAAAGAAAGAUCAGGAACUACUGCUAGUUUGUCUGUACAUCAGAAUCCAGGUCCCUGACCUGAAUGAAAACUCUACAGAGUUUUCCAACUGUCUGCACACCAGUAAGUCGGCCAUCAGGUGUUCAUCAAUUUGUGAUGUUGCAAUGCCUUUGCCAAUGAAUUUCAAAAAGAGAGAGCAACGUUUUGAGUUUACUCAGUAAUAAAUGAGAACAUGGGAAUUGAACACAGGAAAUGCCAGGAAGGCAUUAAAGCCAAUGUACACAGCAUCCAGCUGGUUCAUUUUCAGGCUCCCAGUUGCCGGAACGUGUAUUUUUUGUGUCACGGCUUACAAAUAUGUCCAAUGGUGGGGAAGGAGUGGAGCAAUGGUGGCAAGCAAGCUUACCUGGGUCUCAGGUAGGUCUGCAUGUUUUCUUAUGUUCACCACCAAGACAUUCGAUAAUGUGAUGGCUAUUAGUAGCUGUAACAGCCAUUAGACAUAUAGCCAGAAAGCAGGCUUUUGGUAACUAAGUGAUUUAAGGGCAACUGUGGCUCAGGAGCUCAGGAGGUAGAGCGGUUGUGCACUCCGGCCUGGGCAGCCUACAUGUCAAAGUAUCCUUGGGUAAGAUACUGAACCCUAAAUUGCUCCCGAUGCUGUACACUGGUGUGUGAGUGUGUUAAUGCUUGUAAUGAGCAGGUGGCCAUUGUUUGGAUGGGUGAAUGCAGGUGCGUGUUGUAAAAGUGCAAUGAUUGGUCUUCAGCUAUAUAUAUACUGUAUAUAUAUAUAUAUAUAUGUAUAAAUCCAUUUCUCAUUUUCAGUCAGAAAGGCUGGGUUUGGGUUUGGUUUGCAGUGAAUUAUCUCUUUGUUUCUCUUGUGUUGACAGUUGUUGGGACUGUAAAUGUGCAUGUGUGUGUUGAUGAUGGUGUUAUAGUAAUGAUGAGUGAUGUAUGGAAGCUGAGAGAAGCAGGGUCCGACUGACAUCACUCUGGCCCCAAAAGGUCUGAGUGACCCUCAUACAGGUUUCCCAACAGGGAAGAUCCAAGGAGCUUCUGUUGCUCUUGACCAGCGUUCAGUUUUUGCACUCACCUCUGCGCUGGCUGGAACUCUCUUUGCUGAGCCGUCUGAUGUCAGAUGGUAGUGAUGAUGAUGAUGGUUUUGCAGGGUUCGGUCAGUCAGUCCUGAACAGAACCAAACCAUUGCAAAAGUCAGUUUUGCUUACUCCAAGGUAAGUCGUAGCAUAAAUAGAAGCAUAAAUGUAUAUGUAUGAUUGUUAGCUCUUUUAUGUGUAUACAUGUAAAUGUGGCUGCUUAAAAACAACGCAGACGGAUGCUGUGUGCAACCCUGAUUCCAGGAAGUUAAAACACAAAUAAAACAAUGUGAUAAUCCUUUUUCACAUACACUAAACUGAAAACAAUACAAAUACAUUCCACGGGUAAAAAGGUUCAUUGGUGACAGGUGAGUCAUGAUGAAAGGCUCAGUGGUUCACAGCGAGGAUGGAGCGAGGUUCAACACUUUGUGAUGAUUGUGUAAAAGAGAUAACUACAUGGGCUCAGGAACACUGUUGUCAGUAAACGGUUUCCUUGGAAAGGGUUGCAUUCUGUUUUUAUUUCUGUUACACACCUUUUUUAAAAUCAGGGUUGUUCACACCCAGAUCUAUAAACACCAGAACAUACACACCAAGAUGUUGCACAGAUGUUCUUCAAAAAUAUUCACGACUUACAAAAGAAGGGAAAAUGUAGACAGUCACAAUGAGGAAGUGACACGUUAGUUCUUACAGGAAGUUAAUUCUUCACUUGUCUUUAGCCCGUUCAGAGAUUUUAACAGUUGCUAGCUGAGAAGGGAAAGAAAAAAAGAGACAGAGAAGCACGAUGGCUGAAUUCAGAUGGAUUAACGUGUCAUUGUUUCUGAUACUGGUGCUUCACUUUACAGCAGCAGCUGGACAAUAUUCCCCCCACUUUGUUGUCAGAGAUGGAGAUGAAGUCACUUUGCCUUGUGGACAUAUGAUAGAUGAUCAGAGCAGAUGUGGCAGUAUUGAUUGGCUCCUCAGUGGUCCAGGAAGGUCAACAGUACAGCUGGUUAAAAAUGGGCAGAUUGGUGAAAACAUUAAACCGGACAGACUGAGCGUGACAGAGAAUUGUUCUCUGGUUAUAAAGAAGGUCACAGGCGAGGAUGUUGGUUUUUACACCUGCAGACGGAUCAUACCAAGACAUCAAUAUGAAGAUGCUAAUGUUCAUCUGCUUGUUAUUACCAUGACUGAACGUACAGACUCUGAGGAGGUGACGUUGUUCAUCACUGUGUUAACUCACAGACAGUGUGAAUACAGAGUGAAGUGGCUGCAUGAGGAUCAAAAUGUGGAGAAAGAUAAAGACAUGGAGACAUAUCCCAGUUGCUCAGCUACUGUGAAAUUUCCUACAACUUAUCUGAAGCAGGAUUUAAGAUAUCCCGACCUGUUCAAGUUUGAAGUGACCAAUCAUUACACUGGACAAGUGCAGCAGUUUGACUUCAGUCCUCAGCCCUCAGGUGGGAAAGCAGGAGAGGAUGCAACAACCGCAACGACAACAUCAGCGAUAAUAACACCUAAGAACAGGAACGAAGGAAGGACCGACUCAUCAGGACCUGCAAUCACUACAACACCAGAAAGUUGGUGGUUGUACAUCGUUGUGCCGACAGGUGUAGCUGCACUCCUAGUAGUCAUUGUGACUGUGAUCAUUUGGAAGAGAACUAAAGGCAAGACAACACAGAUGGAUGAAAGCACAGGACUGAGCUCAAACCCGGCGGUGACUGAGUCUGGUCCAGAAACCAAUCAGGACAGGGCUGAUCCUGAAGAUGGUGUUUCCUACGCCUCCGUCAGCUACACCAAGAGGACCAGCAGUAAAGGCCAGGUUAAAGAUGAUGAAGGUGAUGCAGUGACGUACAGCACCGUGAAAGCGUCCUCAUCUUGCGCAGGAGCCUCUGAUGAUCCCUGCACCCUCUACGCCACCGUCAACAAACCAAACAAAUAAGAGACCACAGAACGUGAGAACCAUUCUGCCAGAUCUGUUAAGAUCUCUUAAGGCCUGCGUGAAGUCAUCAGGAGGGAGGUGGUGGCGACUGACAUCCAGGAACAAACAUGGCGUCUGAAGUGCUGUGUGUGACACUGGCUGUCUGUGUCCCUGUUUACAGAUGAAGAGCUCUGCUGAGUAAUCACAUUACAUUUGACUGUUACACAGUAAUGUGACUGAUUUUUGUUUCUAAAUUCGGCCAUCACAUGACUAUCAAUCAAUGAGUUAUGUCGAUACUUGUGUUAUAUAAGUUCUUCUGUUAUCUGUAUAAUGAGCUGAUCAUCAAACCUCUUUUUCCCUUUUUUCUGUCAAGUCAUUAGGAAGCCCAUCUCCUCUUUUAUUUAUUGAUGAACUGUAUUAUUUCAGCCAAAUAAUAUUUGUUCUUGCUGGUGUUAGGAAAGCUUUUAUAUUGUUUCAUAUAUUAAUGUAGUUUGAUUUUAGCCUAUAACUGCCUGACAUAGUGCUCUGGAGCCCUGUUCUCGCCACAAUAUUACCCUACCCUAACCCUAACCUUGAAGGAAAUGUUAGGGUUUGUUGCUUCUUGAAGGAAAUGUUAGAAGAGGCUGUUAAAUCUAGUCUGUGGAUUAGGCCUCCACCUUCAGCACCCUCUAAACUUUUUACUCCCUACCCGAACAAGGGUUUGUAUCCAAUCCCUACUUUCAUCUUUGACUCUACCUCUUUACUUUCUACCCCCGACCCGAACCAGGGUUGGUAUUCCCACCCCGCUCUUAUUGGUGCAGUUGGUGAGAGGCAGGUGCAGAUGAUGGUAGUGUGGCAAUCGGCAGUUACAUGUGGCAUCUAGGCCUGUGGUAGCAUUGUAGCAGCUAACAAUAGCUAAAGCGGCGGUA